AAAAAGUAGUAUAGCCUAGGCUACUGCAUGCGUUCUGUGUCUGAUUUAGUUGAAGAGGCUAGUAGGCCUAUACCCUGUGGGAUGUGUUUUACUUUUAGACUGAGCUGAGCCGAGACUGAGCACUGCACACCAUGUUGUGUUGCAACAUUGAUGCCAAAUCUAGUAGAUCGACGUAGCGUAGCCACUGCACUAGUCACUACUGCACCGCCGUCGAUCUACUAAGCUGAGCUGAAUUGAGUGAUACUGACACUGAGAGUCAGAGUGCAGUGCAGUUUUUGUCCGAGUGUGACUGUCAGUGAUUGAUAGUAUUGGUAGAAAAUGGCAGAUGAUGAUUAUGCAGAUGAUCUUGAUGCGCUCACUUCACUCCUUGAUGAUGAAGAUGAUAAGAAUCCAUAUGAUAGUGGUGAACCUUUCUCAGUGAGGAGUCAACACUCACAAAAAGUGUCGCAAGCAGUCAAGAAACAUGUCACCAGUCAAGACAAGAAAAAGAGAUCUGUUGGAUCCAGUCAGAGCAGUGAUGAAGAAAAGUCAAAACAAGAGCUGAUAGAUGAACUGCAAAAGUUGCGAGAGCAAAUGGGUCAGAUGCAGGGAGGUACGCCCCCUACCCCACAGAGCAGCCGUCCAAAGGAGAAUUUUUCAGAUUCACUGUUUGCAGACCAAACACCAAAGCAAAAGCAGAAGAAAGGUUCAUCAGCUCAUGCCAAGAAGGAUGCUCAUAGUACAAAUGGUGAUGACAUAAUUGAUGAUGAUGAACUGACAGGCCUAUUUGAUGAUGAGUUUGAGGAUGAAGUUCAAGAGAAGAAAGAUGACCCUAAAGCGACACCACAUAAGGCGGAGUCACUCUUCAAGAAGAGCAACGUGCGUCAUGCCCACACCCCUCAGAUUACAACAGCUCCUCCCAAGAAAGUGUCUCCCUACAAGUGCAAUUUAUGUGACCAAACAUUCAACAACAAGCAAGCUAUGACUGUGCAUGAAUUCAAGCACAAAGUAUCCCGAUAUAGCUGUGAAGUUUGUGCGAAAAGCUUUACCAGCAAACUCCAACUAGAAACCCAUCUCAGGACACACAAACCCUCGGGUAUCCAACCCAAGUCCAGCAGUCCCCCUGAGCCCAAUAGUCAGGCAGGGAGGAGUAGUGUUGGGACUAGUGAGACUGUGAGAAACUCUGGUGGUGCCAUGAGCAGAGGUAGUGUUGGCGAUAGAGGAUCACAGAAGAGCAUGCCACAUCUUGGGUCAGGGUCAAAGCGGAAACCGAUGAAAGAGGAAGAAGCGUGCGAGACAGAAUACUUCUCAAGGAUUAGAAUCAUAAAUCCCCUGGUAUCUUCAGCUACCAUGAAGGAGAGGAUGAAGGAACGUAAGAUGAUUCGGAUGAGCAUCUUAAAUCACUACUCCAAGACGGGAGCAUUGGAAGGAGACUGGGUGACGAUGGGUGUCCUGAUACGCAAGAUUAUGAGAACAGAUGCAAAGGGUAAGGCGUUCAGCAUCUGGACCUUAAAUGACCUCUCUAGCAUGGACGAGAAUGUGACCCUCUUCCUGUUUGGUAAGAUCCACGAGGAGCAUUGGAAGACCGUUGAGGGCUCGGUGAUUGGACUUCUCAAUGCCUGCACCAUGGAGAAAAGAGAAAAUUCAAACUACAAGGAUUCUGACAAUGUGCAGCUCCGUGUGGACAACCCUCAGAAGAUUCUCCUCAUGGGCAAGUCUAAGGACUUUGGGAGAUGCAAAUCAAUGAAGAAUGAUGGUCAGCCGUGCUCCCAAAUUAUCAACACGAGUGACUGCCAAUACUGUGCAUAUCAUGUCCAGGCGGAGUACAAGAAAGCAGGUUCUAAAAGAACAGACCUCAGCUCAUCGUACUCUGGUAUAACUCCAAAGUCUUUCAUGAAGAAAAUAAAAAAAGAUAAUGUGUUUUAUGGAGGACAGAGCAUGAGCAUGCCGAGCAUGUGUGUCGUUGGUGGAGGGGUGAAGUCUCAGUCUAAGAUUUCUAGUUUCAAGUCUAGCAAGCUGGACCUGAAGAGCCUUGGAGUAAAGGGUGCAGACAGCGUCAUGGAGGAGGCCAAGACAAGUGUCCUGACCCUACUGGCCAAGGGUCAGAAGGAGGAAGACAUGCUGGUCAAGGUGUCGGGAGCUACCAAAGAAUUUACAAACUUGCUGAAAGCACCCUCUCCAGGAGCCCAGAAUCUCGUGAGACACAUGGUGAAAGUAGAGAAAACAAAGAAAAAUGUUUCCACCAUCUCUGCUGACAACCUCCUGAAGCAACACAAGCAGGAAAUGGCUUCCAAGAAGGCUGCCAGGGCCCACACUCUUGGCAAGCCUUCUUCAUCAUCCUCAACACUGACCGAGAGUACCAGAUUCAACGCUGCCACUCCACCCAUCAAUGCCGCACCCAUGUUAGGGCGUGGUUGGAGUGAGGAAGGGGAUAUUGACCUCGGAGCAAGUCCGGUCAGGGCUACCCCACCCCGCGGCAAUAAAAGGUCGGGUGCAUCUACCUUGAUCGCUAAGCAGAGGGCGCUAGAAGUGAUCCACAAGAAGGGAGGGAUUGCGAAAGAGGAUCCCAACGCGGUGGGGAUCAGAAAGAGGAUGGAUCAACGGAAGAAGGAAGCGGUGAAAAGGAGAGUGGAGGAAAAUUGGAGGAAAGAUGAGCAUGAUGCUGCUGCAGAGGCGGACAGCUCCACUGGUUCUAGAGCUGCCAAGAAGAGGAAGACCUUCUUGGGUCAAGAUGUAAAGAUGAGCAAAGAUGAGAUGGAUAAGAUAUUGAAUGCAAAGUCCAGCCAUGCUGGACUACUUGCUGAGUAUGAAGCGGAGCUGAUGGAGCGAUACUUCAAGGAGAUGGAGAAGAAGGAGGGUAUUGAGAACAAGCUGGAUUCUGUCAGAGAGUUGAAACGCAAAGUGGUCUCCUGCAAAGAGUGCUCUUUCACAUGGUUCUUCCCAUCUGAUCUGUGCAAGAAAGAAGGCCACUCACUUCACUGGCACGAGGCCAAGCAGAGGUUCUUCAAUUGCAAGGAUUGCAAUUCUAGGACCAUCGCCUUUGACAGGCUACCGACUAGAGCUUGCAGAUCUUGUGGCAGUACAAGCUAUGAGAGGACUAGCAUGCUCAAGGAGAGGAAAGGACCAAAGAUUGGAGGAGAAACCCUACUUGUUCGAGGAACGGAAGAAAGAUACCUGUAACCACAAAUCAACAGCAUUUCUACAAUAUUUCCCUGGAAAAGAUUAU